UUUAUUAAGUACUUUCAGUACAAUAAUGCUCGUGAACCGCAUCGCGGAAUAAAACAAUUCCAAAGAAUAAUGCGUGAGAGUGGCUUCCGCCUGGCUCAUGUGAAGAAUCACAUUACAUUAGCUACAAAAUGUGAUGGUUAUUAUGUAGCGGAUCCACGUCCUUUAGACAUAUUGACCAUCAACUGGGUAGAUUCCUGUGGUGAUGAUGAAAUAGAAGAGCACGAUUCGGGCAUAUUGUUGGGUAGAGCAGUUGGAGCUGCCACAUUAGCAGCAGCAUCAUCAGCAUCAGUAGCAGUAGCAAGAGUGGCAGCUUUGCCUGCACCUAGACCGUCUCCUGUCAUUGAGAAUUUACAAGCAGCAAUGGCUAGGGCUACGCGCUCGCAAACAUCAAAGCAACAGCACCACCUGCAGCAGCAACAUCAACAGCAGCAGAAAUCAAUGACCAAGUUAUUUCAACAGGGUUGUUAA